UGGCCUUUAUGCAUCCGUGUAGAUGUUGUAAACACAGUAACUAACCCAUACCAUCCAUUGUUUGUAGAUAUCUCUUUCCCUCAAACUACUUGGCGACGUGGCCCUCAAAGUCUUAAAGGCAGUUAUGUUGACUUUAACAGUGUGGAGGAGGUCUACUAUUAAAGAUCAGCUCUAAAUUGUAACAAUUAGUUAGCUGUAAGUCUUUUUCCGUGUGCGUAUGUCGAAGAUAGUCCGAACCGUGACGCGUGAUGCCAAGACGGCCCCAAUUUAAUCGCGUCGUCGCGGACGAGCAUUUUCGGGACAUAGAAUUACUAGUGACCCUAUCAAUCCAUAUCAUAUCAUUAUCUCUCGAUUACUCAACUAUACCAAGUCCCUCUUGGCAUUACCCUCUGUCAAGUUGAGAUUUGUUUAUUCUUCAUCUUCCUUUAUGAAAGCGCACAAUGCAUGCUUAACCAAACGCGUUCAUGGCCUCGCGUGUUUCCUCCAGCGCCCUUGACCCUUUCUCAGAAAAACCCCUCCAAGAGGCCGUCACCAACCCGCCCUCCAAAAAGCGGAAAGCAUGUCGCCUCGAAAAUGACUGGACCAAACAAACGAUUAGCAUUCGGGCCCAUGCCGCAUCCUUAUCCGAUGAGCCAUAUGUCCUAGAACCGAUUGCCAUUAUUCCGCGCUGCCAAUUGCCAUUCUCAUGGCUAGAUUUCUCCCCCACCUUGCUGUCUGAGAUACAGUCCGGCAGUUUAUUCAUUGCAGAUAUCCCAGUGUUAGAGAAUGAUUUGCGAACGGAGCCUGUAGUUCUGGCUGUACGACUGAGGUCUGAUGGUGGGCUUUACGUCGUCGAGCGAGCCAAGAAGGGGAUAUAUGCGCUCUCAAAACUUGCUCGCGGUGUGGAAGAAGGUGACAUCAUUGUUGCUGUGAAAGGGUGGCGUCCGUCGGAGGUGGAACAAGCUCAUCGACGCACGUCUGCUACUGAGGAGGUUGGUGACUGGUGGUUGAUGGCGCAGGUUGAUGAUCCCGUUCCGGAUCCUCAUUAUUCUACCAAGCGAACCAAGUUUGACGUUUCUGUUGUUUUCGGCAUUGCCGAUCACGAUGUGCGCAUGCAGGAUGUGUCACCGGUGGAUUCAGGUGAGAGUCGGGGUCAAUCCGUGGCACCCCAGGUGUAUGUGGAGAGAGUCGUGAGCUCUGAUGUGAUCAUGUCUAUUGCGGGGGAUUCUCAAGAGCAUGGUGGUGGUGAUGGCAUCGGGACAGAGUCUAUGAAGAAUGAGUCUCUUCAGUCGCCGCAGGAACUGCUGGAUAAUCUGAGGGAGCAGUAUCUACAAGCCCUCUAUAUUUCGAAGGCCUCCGUAGCAUACUUUGCUAAAGGUCCGCUGGCACGUUGUCGUACGGCCUUUCACUCGUCUGAGUUGGGGACUGCUCAGCCCUCGGAACUCAUUGAGUUUUACCGAGAGGCUGUUCUUACGGCUAAGAAAAUGGAUCUCAAGUACCGAGAGACGCUGCCUUCGACCCUGAAAGACGUUAUGCUCAGUCUUUCGGACGAUGAAUCGACGUUAAAGAAGAAGAGAAAGAAUAAGAAGAAGCUUGGGAAAAAUGGGCUUUACUCUACAGAGGAACAGUUUAUUCGGACAUGGUGGAAAGAUCGAGCGCUUGCAGAUCAAGGAGUAUCAACCGAGACGUCGCGGGAGGCGGAGCUGAAGAAGCACGUUGCUGAUCUACGACUCCGAGAAACCCAGCUUCAGAUCCUUCUCAUUCUCGAAACAAUGGCUCUGGAAGCCACCAUGGCUGAUGAAGCGAAAUCUACUGAGGAUGGUGACGGGUCCGACAAGACAAAAGCAUCAAAGCCUAAAAAACUACAAGAUUUGAAAGUGAUGCUUGAACUGCACCUCGACCGGCUGUGCAUUUGGCAUGCAGUUAGCUUCGACGAUGUUGCAGUGUCUGAUCCAAAUAAAACCUAUGGCGACAACGAGUCGGGGGGCAAGAAAGUCGAAAGUGAUGCCGUUCGGGACUUCUGCACUGAAGUCAUCAUACCCUUUUAUGCUUCACGCCUACCAGAUAAAUGCAAAUCGAUCACCAGGAAACUCGGGGUCCCUAGCGUGCUAUCGCCUUUCCCCAAGAAGCCCCAACCGAAGAAUGUGCCCCGAGCAGAGCCUGGGGCUGCUGUUGAACGGCAACCAUCGCAAAAGCAUCCUCGUCGUACAUUGCAACGUGUAUUAACGGAUGAACAAACAGCCUCCAAAGGACGUCGACAAUCGCUGAGUCGCUUCAAUACAAUACCAUCACAACCCGAGCGGGAGUCGAUGGAACCUUUGUUACCUUCCUUGAGCGCUAGUGUACGAGGCGGUAUUCAGAAGGCCAAGCGGGUAGACAAUCGUGAAGUCGACCUGAACGCUGUGGCCCGGCAGCACGAGACCAAACUGAGGAAGAUGCAGAUGCUCAUGGACCAGAAGAAGGAGCUCGACGCCGCGAUCCACGCCCUUCGGAAACCGAACAGGGAGCUUGUCGCCAAGGACAUUGCCGAAGAUGCUGAGAAGAGACGCACAGGUGGCAGUGCAAGAAAACCGAAAAAUCCUGUCCGCAACCCGUUCGGAGAAGGAGUCCAGGUUGCAGCUACACCAAAGGGCAGCCGAAAGAGGGAUGCUAUCAUUGGUAUGCCUCCUCUUCCCCGAGGCUUGUCGAUGCAGUCAUCUACGCAACCAAAGGCAUCUUCAUUCUUUGGAGGUGACGGAUCACCUGUGAUCCCUGCUUCUAUCACGCGACCCAAAUCAUUCUCUAUUGCUUCCAGCUCCAGAGACACGAAUGCAAUCCAGGAAACCCCAACACGACAGCCAACUCAGCCGUUAGGACCAUUUGAUGGACCGGCAACCGGGGUGGCCGAAUCACCCCUUUCCUCCGGAAACCUCUUCCGCGUACCUCGGCGCCCGAUGCCCCGAUCGACCGACAUGGCACCGACAACGCCCGUCGCAUCACGGCGCACCCAGUCUCGUCCAGACAAGGCCACCGAACCGACCAGUUCACUCGUGAUGGAAACUCCACCGAGACAAAACCUCACAGCGCCACUUAUCCAGACGGACGGGCCAACAGAAGUAGCCGCAGAUACACCAGUGAAGGUGCUCGGAACGCCAGUUAAGGCGUCUGCCAGAUUAUCUGUUCCGACAAGCACAGCGGUGCCGGUGACACCCGAGAAAUCAAUCUACGCGCAGUUGGGAUGGGACGACGAUGACGAUCUUGGUCUGUAAACAACGGGCAAUCAUGGCUGGAUUUUGUGUGCUUAGCGGGCGUUUAGGGUUGUUGGGAUGGGAUUGGGUAGGACUGCAGUUUUUAGUUUCGAUACAUCAUGAGCAUAGACGACCUGAACCUAACAAUUUCA